UGAUGUUAUAAAAGUCUAGUGACUGCAUUUUGUUACAUGUAGAGGCGUUUUAACGAACAACAUGCGGUUCUUGCUGGUUUUCAUUGUUGUUUUCACCUUACUUGUCCACUCUGAAGCCUGGUGGUGGGGCAAGAGAGGGAACAACAGAGGAUGCCCAUCCAGGACCGGUGCUGCCCCGUACUAUUUUGGCACAACGAAUCUUAGUUGCCUUAGCAAACAGAAGGGCAAGCGUGGAGCGCCUUGGAGGGGGACCUGGUCCUACACGCAUCGCUUCAUUUACUACAGAGGGAAAUACUUGGAUCUUCUGGGAAAUUCAAGAGUUGCUAUCUCCAGCCGUCGAUUUGGGGGACAUCGAUGUAGCGGAGGCAGGGAGGGGUCGCCAGCAGGGUACAGCGAGGUCAGUCUGGCCUGCAUUGAGGGCUGCGCUAGGAACUACAGAUGCACAUUUGGAAGAUACAGAUUAUUGUGGAACAACUGCCAUCAUUUCGCUAACAAAAUAUCUCAAGUCUUAUGUAGAAUGGGAAACUCUUGUCCGAGAUGGUGCCAGAGGAAAACUUGUAAUUAUGCGUACUACAGCGGACAAUGAUUCAGUUAUGUCUAUUCCGAGACAUAUUUAGCAAACGCUCUCGUGUACAAUGUAUAUCAAGAAUAAAUAAAACAAAAAGCUGA